AUGGUUUUAAUAUCGCAAUACGUUUGUCCGAUCUUUCUGGCCUUAAGCUUUUUAUUUAUUAGAGCUCAAGGAGAAAGAAUACUUAUUGGCUAUCGAACAGUUAACGAAGCAGAAGCCCUGGCAAUUAAUAGCAAUAACAAGCCAACCAGAGACGAGAGGCUCGAUAGAGUAGGUCCAGUAAAUCAAUUGGGACAUGCCUUUUAUAUGACAAAUGAUCCUAUUGGCUGGCCGGGUUAUCGAGGGGUCGAGAAAUGGUAUUGUUACAUCAAAGCGGAUGUUGACAAAAUGCGAGAGGUGGGCAAAGUCUGGAUCCCACACUUUAUCGAAGAAGAGAACUUUGAUGGUGAGAUGGAGGUAAUCAACUUAUGGAGAGGAAACGAAGAGGAUAUAUUGGAUUAUAUCCACUCAAUGUUGCCAGACACCAUGCCCGAGAAAGUGCUACGCUUCUCUUACAUCAGUUUCGUCUUGGGUCGGAGGCUGCAAAUGGCCAUUCCAACUGCUAUGGUAAACAACGAUGACUUGGAUCUUUGGGCUCAAUGCUUUGAUAAAAAAAAAGAUCUGUGGGAAACUUCGGACGAAACCGUUCUUUGGGAGAAUUGGGGUAUUGUUGGAGACCCUGGAAGACCGAGCUUUCAAUGA